AUGUCGGCUGCAAGUAGCUCAGAAAUAAGAAAGGCUUACAGAAAACUUUCCUUGCAGCUUCAUCCAGAUAAAAACAAGGAUCCUGAUGCUGAAGCCCAAUUUAUAGGAUGGAGCAGCCAUUUGUGUCUGAAGGACUUAAACGAGUGUAUAGAAGCGCCAAAAUUAUGUAAUUCUGGAAAGUGCACCAACACAGCCGGUAGUUACCACUGUACCUGUCCGCUUGGAACCUACGGUAAACAAUGUGAUAUAGCUGAGACGUGUGAUAGUCAACCCUGCAAAAAUGGAGCUACCUGUACACCUGGAAGCAGUAGUUCUGUUUCAUGUAAAUGUGUAGCUGGAUAUUCAGGAACAAGAUGUGAAAAAAUUACUCACUUGAAAUCAACAAAAUCUCAAGCAACAUCUACAACGAAACAUAUAACAACUCAGCAUUGUCCUAAAAACUGUAAUAGAAGAGGAAGAUGUAGCCACGGAAAAUGUGUUUGUAAUGGAGCUUGGACUGGAAUCGACUGUUCUCAAAUUAAUCAUUGCAGCAUAAAUCCAUGUAAGAAUAAUGGGAAAUGUAACAAUAAUGCAACAGGACAUACAUGUAACUGUACCACUCAGUGGACUGGUAAUAAUUGUGAAAAUCGUAAUUUUUGCUCAAUAUCUCCAUGUGUGAAUGGUCACUGCACAAAUGGGCGGAAUUCAUUUUCUUGUGCAUGCAACAAUGGCUGGACAAGUACAAAAUGUGAUGUUAAGGAACACUGUUCCCCCAACCCAUGUCAUCAUGGAACUCGAUGUAACAAUCAAGGACAAACUUACCAGUGUUUAUGUCCGUCUGACUGGACCGGUAAAAACUGUAGUAUUCGAAAUUACUGUUCCGGUUCUCCAUGUCAGCAUAAGAGUGCAUGUACAAAUGGAGCUAAUGCGUACUCAUGUGUUUGUACAAAAGGAUGGAUUGGGAAGAAUUGUAGCACUCAAGAUUUCUGUUCGGAUAAACCUUGUCAGCAUUACGGAUCUUGUGCCAAUACAGGAAUCUCUUAUUCGUGUAAAUGUCGUAAUGCAUAUACCGGAAAAAAUUGUGAGCUGUGGAAUUAUUGUUCUAGUUCUCCAUGUCAUAAUAAAGGCACAUGUUCAAACAAAGGACAUACGUACACUUGUACGUGUCCGUGGCCUUGGAUCGGCUCAAGUUGUGAAAGAAAAAGUCCUUGUGCCAGCUAUCCUUGUAAACAUAACAGCACAUGUACAGCUAGUGGAAACACAUUUUCUUGCUCUUGCACUCUUGGAUGGAUAGGUACUUCAUGUAAUACAAGGGAUUAUUGUUCAAGUCGACCCUGUCAACAUGGUGCAACGUGUUCUAAUAAUGGUACAUCAUACAGGUGUGCCUGUCCUAGUAUAUGGAUUGGACAAAACUGUCAAACGAGAAACUAUUGUUCAUCCAACCCUUGUAAAAAUAACGCACAAUGCUUAAAUAAGGGAGGUAUAUUCUUGUGUAAAUGUAAACCAGGAUGGAUUGGAAAUACAUGCGAAGUUUUAGAUCACUGUUCAAGUCAUCCAUGUCUUAAUAAUGCACAUUGUACAAACAAAGGAACCGGGUUUUCUUGCACUUGUUUGCUUGGAUAUCUUGGACAGACAUGUGAACAGAAUGAUUUUUGUUCAAGUUCCCCUUGCUUAAAUGGAGGUAAUUGUACUAACAACAAAUCUUCAUACUUAUGUCAUUGUCUAAAUAGAUUCACGGGUCAGAGAUGCGAACAGACUAAUCACUGUUUGUCGAUUCCAUGUAAAAACGGGGGUCAUUGUCUGAACAGUGCAAGAACUUAUCAAUGUAAGUGUUUAAAUGGUUGGUCUGGACCUACUUGUCUCUUGGAAACACAAUGUCAUUCGGCUACUUGCCAUGGUCAUGGGAUAUGUCACGUCACCAAAAAUAGACCUGUGUGUAAUUGUAGUACGGGAUGGCGUGGUGUAACAUGUGAUACAGUCGAUCCUUGUUCCAGUCAUCCCUGUCAACAUCAAGGUACUUGUACAAAUAAUGGUAACACUUUCUCUUGUCAUUGUACUAAAGGCUGGAUAGGGACAACAUGCACUACUGCUGAUCAUUGUGUUGAAAAUCCGUGUAAAAACUCGGGUAAAUGUAGUAACUCAAGAAAUGGGUUCACGUGUCAAUGUUCAGAUGGUUGGGGUGGUACAACAUGUCUAACAGAAACAAAAUGUCAUACUAAUACAUGUCAUAGGAAAGGACGGUGCCAACUGAGAAACAAUAAACCAGUGUGUAGCUGUAAUAAAGGAUGGCGUGGUGAUACAUGUGAUACAGUAGAUCCUUGUUCCAGUCAUCCAUGUCAACAUCAAGGUAGUUGCACAAAUAAUGGAAACAGUUUCUCGUGUAAUUGUAUUAAAGGGUGGAUAGGUAAAACAUGUACUGAUAUUGAUCAUUGUUCAACUACUCCUUGUAAAAAUUCGGGACAAUGUAGCAAUACGGCAAAUAGUUUCCGAUGUCAAUGUUCUACUGGUUGGAAUGGAGCAACAUGCGAAACAGAAAUAAAAUGUCAUACAAAUACUUGUAACAACCAUGGAACAUGUCGCGACAGCGGAAAUAAACCUGUGUGUACCUGUAGAAAGGGCUGGCGUGGUGAGUUCUGUACCGAUGUAGAUCACUGUUUUGGUCAGUCGUGUAAUCAUAAAGGUAACUGCACUAAUAGUGGCACUACCUUUUCCUGUCGAUGUAAUAAAGGAUGGAUGGGGAAAACAUGUACUGAUAUUGAUCAUUGUUCAACUACUCCUUGUAAAAAUUCGGGACAAUGUAGCAAUACGGCAAAUAGUUUCAGAUGUCAAUGUUCUACUGGUUGGAAUGGAGCAACAUGCGAAACAGAAAUAAAAUGUCAUACAAAUACUUGUAACAACCAUGGAACAUGUCGCGACAGCAGAAAUAAACCUGUGUGUACCUGUAGACAGGGCUGGCGUGGUGAGUUCUGUACCGAUGUAGAUCACUGUUUUGGUCAGUCGUGUAAUCAUAAAGGUAACUGCACUAAUAGUGGCACUACCUUUUCCUGUCGAUGUAAUAAAGGAUGGAUGGGGAAAACAUGUACUGAUAUUGAUCAUUGUUCAACUACCCCUUGUAAAAAUUCGGGACAAUGUAGUAAUUUAAGAAAUAGUUUCAGAUGUCAUUGUGUAAAUGGUUGGAGUGGAGCAACAUGUCUUACUGAAACAAAAUGUCAUACAAAUACUUGUAACAACCAUGGAACAUGUCGAGACAGCGGAAAUACACUUGUGUGUACCUGUAGCAAGGGUUGGCGUGGUGAGUUCUGUACCGAUGUAGAUCACUGUUUUGGUCAGUCGUGUAAUCAUAAAGGUAACUGUACUAAUAAUGGCACUACUUUUUUCUGUCGAUGUAAUAAAGGAUGGAUGGGAAAAACAUGUACUGAUAUUGAUCAUUGUUCAGCUACUCCUUGUAAAAAUUCGGGACAAUGUAGCAAUACGGCAAAUAGUUUCCGAUGUCUAUGUUCUACUGGUUGGAAUGGAGCAACAUGCGAAACAGAAAAAAAAUGUCAUACAAAUACUUGUAACAACCAUGGAACAUGUCAAGACCGCGGAAAUAAACCUGUGUGUAGCUGUAGUAAGGGUUGGCGUGGUGAGUUCUGUGCCGAUGUAGAUCACUGUUUUGGUCAGCCGUGUAAUCAUAAAGGUAACUGCACUAAUAGUGGCACUACCUUUUCCUGUCAUUGCGAUAAAGGAUGGACGGGAAAAACAUGUUCUGAUGUUGAUCAUUGUGCCCGUAGUCCUUGUAAAAAUUUGGGACAAUGUAGUAAUACGGCAAAUAGUUUCCGAUGUCAAUGUUCUACUGGUUGGAAUGGAUCAACAUGCGAAACAGAAAUAAAAUGUCAUACAAAUACUUGUAAUAACCAUGGAACAUGUCAAGACAGCGGAAAUAAACCUGUUUGUAGUUGUAGUAAAGGUUGGCGUGGUGAUUUAUGUGCCGAUGUAGAUCACUGUUCUAGUCAGUCGUGUAAUCAUAAAGGUAACUGCACUAAUAGUGGCACUACCUUUUCCUGUCGAUGUAAUAAAGGAUGGAAGGGAAAAACAUGUUCUGAUGUUGAUCAUUGUUCAACUACUCCUUGUAAAAAUUCGGGACAAUGUAGUAAUUCAAGAAAUAGUUUCCGAUGUCACUGUGUUAAUGGUUGGAGUGGACCGACAUGUCUUAUUGAGGUAAAAUGUCAUACUGGUACAUGUCAAAAUAAUGGAAAAUGUUUAGUAACUAAUGGUUAUCCUACGUGUACAUGUACCAAUGGUUGGACAGGAUCUCGAUGUUCAGAUAAGAAUUAUUGCAUUUCACACAAGUGUAAAAAUAGUGGAAAAUGUGUUAAUAAUAAGACAGGAUAUGCAUGUAAUUGUUUAUCUGGAUGGAGUGGAACGUUUUGUGAACAGGAAAUUGGAUGCCAUCAGAACACGUGUAAUGCUCAUGGUAGUUGCAACGAAAAAAACAAUUCAUUUAAAUGUUUUUGCAAUGAUAGCUGGACAGGUGAGCAAUGUCAGAUUAGAGAUUACUGCCUGCCAACUCCUUGUUUAAACGGAGGUACAUGUACAAAUACAACACAAGGUCCGUCUUGUUCUUGUAAAUAUGAAUAUUUUGGAACAAAAUGUGAAAAUGUACGUACUACUUUUAUAUCUACUACAAAACAAACCACGACCAGUGCCACGUCAACAUUCAAAACUACAACAAUGGCUUUGGUUCCGUCUUCUAAAACAAAUCAACCAAUAGAAAGUACAACACAACAACAAUUCACGUCACGUACAACAACCACAAGUAAACCUACAACAAUAACAAGUAAGAGUACAACAAUCACGAGUCAACCAACAACAAUUACGACAAGUAAGAGUACAACAACCACAAGUAAACCAACAACAAUAACAAGUAAGAGUACAUCAAUCACAAGUAAACCAACAACAAUAACAAGUAGGAAUAUAACAAUCACGAGUCAACCAACAACAAUUACGACAAGUAAGAGUACAACAAUCACAAGUCAACCAACAAAAAUUCCGACUAGUAAAAGUACAGCAAUCACAAGCCAACCAACAACAAUUCCGACAAGUAAGAGUACUACAAUUACAAGUCAAUCAACAACAAUAUUAACGACAAGUAAGGAUCAUGUUAAAAAAUCUACCACAAAUGAACAUUCUACAAGCCAAUCAACAAAUGUUACAAGAGAAAUUACUUAUCCGUCUACCACAAGUAUUGGUCGAAGUCAACCAAGAACUCGUACAGGGUCAGUAACUUAUCUUUCCACUGCAAGUAGUGGUCGUGUGAAGGAAUCCACCACAAUUGUACAUUCUACAGGUCAACCAACAACUGGUACCACACAUUCGACUACAAUGUCUUCAUCUACAGCGAUUCCAUCGACAUCUAUCAGUACUCUGCAAACCACUACAAGAAAAGUUCUUACAGAAAAACAAACCCCUACAACUCCAGGAAAACCGAAAUCGACACAGUCUACGGCUAAACCGGAUGCAACAAAAAAAGUUGGUGUACAUGCAACGCUGCAGUUCAAAGGAGUUGUUAAAGGCAAUGCCCAUGGACAAACCAUGAAUGAAAUAUUGAUAGGGAUAACAAACCUUCUACAGGAUAAAAGCUGUAAGAAAGUAGAAGUGGAAUACCUCAACAAACAAGAGGAUAUGAGUGAUAAAACAACAAGCGUAUCUGUAAGAGUGAAAUGUGAUCGAACAUAUUUAACAACGGAAAUGUUAAAUGACAAAUUCAAAAAUAUCCCAGAGAAAGAUUUAGAAUCAAGUUUCCCUCUUCCAAUGAUCACUAAGAAAACGGAAACCAAGCCACAGACUUCAGACAAGUCCUGGGCGUCGUCGAAUUGGCAGAUACUUGUUGGUGUCCUUGUGGGAGCCUCUGUAGUUAUUGUCGCCUUCGUUGUGGCAAAAAAAUAUUUCACGAAAAGAAGAUCGUAUGAUAUUAGAAUACUAGAUGACUGCGACUACGAAUUAGAUAAUCAAAAAAACGGAGGAACAAAAUUUACAAACUUUGAUUAAAAUAACUUUCCUUUAUUUUUCAUGAGUCUACAGUGCGUGUAGACUUUUUUAUUUGAAUUUAAUUUUGUACAAUAUCAUUGUCCAUGUGCAUUACCUAAUGACCCAAUAGUAUCUUUAUUAAAGAAAAAUAAUAAAAAUUGUGAAUCGAAGUACGGUUUUAUAGAUAAGUUUAAAUGUUGGUGUAAUUAUGCACUUAUUUUGUAUGUUUUUUUUUAUACUAAAACAUUGUACAGCCGCUGGUCGAUUGUCACUCAUCGAUUGUAAAACCGGCCCAGUAACCAUUACUUUCGGAUAUCUUUUUACAUUAACAAAUGCAUCCCUCUCGCAUGCACUUGUCUGGUUCCUAGCUUGGCUUUAACUAUAUACCUUUUGUCCCUUCGGGUCUUAUCAGCUCUUUUUUUCAACGUUUGUAUUAGUUUUUCAAAUAUUUUGGCCUCGAGCAUCACUGAAAGCAAGAACAAUUGUCAUGAUGAUAUAUACCGACAGGGAAUUCUGAAACAGUAAAUCCGGAGAAAUUUUAAUUUUACCAUCACCAAUUCUCCAAUCGGCUGUCUUUCGAUCAACAAACACAUAAAUUACCCCUUGUUCUUAUUUUUCUUUUAUCUGAGUGAUUUGAAACCUUUUUAAGCAUUGCUCAGCGUUAUUGGACUAAGCUGUAUAUCUGAUUAAUAAAUGAAACUUUUUGUUUUAUUAUAGAUAUGCAAACUGUACAGUUCUGUCUGCCGGCUCAGCUAACGCUCUUCAGUCACAAUUAAAUACAUUUUAAGUGAAUACUGUUAACUUUCAAAACUUAUUCUGAAUUAUUUUAAGGCGAAAAAGAUGAUUUUUCUAAAGUAUGUUAAUGUCAAGAAGACUUUUUUUCAUUUUGACAAUGUUGAUAACUUCAUGGUAUACGGCAAACUUGGUGUGUUAAGAAUUGAAUGCUUCUUUUUGUAACUUUAUUGGGGUGUAUAAGCGUUGACCGAAAUACAUUUUGUAUGAAGUAUAUUCUAAAAAUGUACGCACGGUCAACGCUU